AUGAAAACGAAACCGAAAACCUGUUUUCCGUGCGUUUUGCUCGCCUUUCUCACGCUCCAGGUCAAUGUGCUCGCGCCCUUUUGCGUCAUUCACACCUUCCUUCCGGAUUUGAUCGAUCAAAAAGUGUCAAACAUUGUCAACAUCUCAUCAUUAAUCGCGUUCCUUCCUUCCUCCCGUCUCUCUGCGUACAGCGCAUCGAAAGCCGCGCUCUGCGCGAUGAGCAAUUGUCUGCGAUUAGAAAUGAAGGUGAACCACUACGACCAUAUCCGCGUUUCCACGGUGUGUCCGCAGUUCGUGACCACGGGAAUGUUCGACGGAGCGUACCAGAACGAACAUCUCGGCCACUUCAUCAAGGAAUGCGUGUUUCCGGAUAACAAGCCGGAGGACAUCGCGCGGGAGGUCGUGUACGCGAUAACGCACGAGAAGGAGGAGAUCAUUUUGCCGCGUUUGGUGGGCUUUUUGCUGCCGUUUGCUGCGCUGUUUCCGAGGGUGAUCACGGAUUAUUUGUUUGCGUUUAUGGGAGGAGGCCAUGGAAUGGACGGAUUUAAGGGAAGAGGAAAAGAGUGGAAUCGAUCAUGGAGAUUGGAGAAACGGGAGAAAGAGGAGGAAGAGGUGGUGGUAACCAAGGAGAAUACAGUUAUUUUCUGUAAUGUAAAGUAAUAGAUGA